AUGGCAGCUCCAAAGUCGGCACUCACGUCCGACCUUGUAUAUGGUGCAACCCAUGUUCCUUCUCAAUACGUCCGACCCGAACAUGAUCGCCCCAAUCUUGGCCAGGUCAUCCAGUCCGAUAUUUCCAUUCCUCUCAUCGACUUGCAAGGUUUCGACGGCUCCCGGCACUCAGAAAUCAUUAAGCAGAUCGGCCUCGCCUGCCAAGAGUCUGGAUUUUUUCAGGUUAAAAACCAUGGAAUCGACGAGGCAGUGAUCGAUAACAUGUUGGCUGUGGCAAAGGAGUUCUUCCAUUUGCCAGAGAGUGAAAGGAUGAAGGUUUACUCUGAAGACCCUUAUAGAACAAUAAGACUGUCGACUAGCUUCAAUGUCAGAGCUGAGGAAAUAGCUAGCUGGAGAGAUUACCUAAGACUCCACUGCCACCCUCUAGAGGACUACAUUCAUGAGUGGCCAGCCAACCCUCCCUCUUUCAGGGAAGAUGUGGGUGAGUAUUGCAAGGAAGUCAGAGGCCUAGCAGUGAGACUCCUUCACGGCAUAUCGGAAAGCCUGGGACUAGAAGAACACUACAUCAACAAGGCCCUAGCAAAGCAUGGACAGCACAUGGCGAUCAAUUACUACCCGCCGUGCCCUCAGCCGGAGCUGACCUACGGCUUACCGGGACAUGCUGACCCGAACGUCGUCACCCUCCUCCUCCAAGACGACGUGGAAGGCUUGCAGGUUCUCAAGGGAGGGAAAUGGGUUGCUGUCAAGCCCAUUCCUCACACCUUCAUCGUCAACCUCGGUGACCAAAUCCAGGUUAUAAGCAAUGAUCGCUACAAGAGUGUACUCCACCGAGCGGUGGUGAACAGCAACAAGGAAAGGAUCUCUAUCCCGACAUUCUACUGCCCAUCCUACGAUGCUGUGAUUGAACCGGCCCCGAAACUGGUCGACGAUGAUCAUCCUGCCGUCUACCGGAGCUUCACUUACGGUGAAUUCUACGGGAAUUUCUGGGACAAGGGCCCUAAUAAGAAUGGAACCUGUUUGGGCAUAUUUAAAAAUUGA